AUGUAUAAUAAAAGGUUCGUGCUUAAUUAUGCAAGGUUUCGUACCUUCCCUCAUAGGUCUUAUUCAAGGCAGUAUACGGUGAACAAUACUAAGGUAAAACUUCCUGGCAACUAUUUUUACUAUGGAAUUUUAGGUUUAUUUUUAAUUAGUGCCAGUAAUUUUGCAUGCGAUCGUUAUUAUAGAAACGACUCAAUGCUGUUGAAGAACUCAAAAGUAAUUACUCCAGAGGAAGUGGCUCGGCAUAAUAAACGGGAUGAUUGUUGGGUUGUUAUUAAUGACAGUGUUUAUAAUUUGACUGAUUUCAUAGAUUCUCAUCCAGGAGGUAAGAAUGUCAUAGUCGCAAAUUCUGGGAAAGAUGUCACUAAACUAUUUGAACCUAUACAUGCCCCAAACGUUCUUGAAAAAUAUUUACAACCAAAAAUGAGAUUAGGAACACUAUCUAAACCAAUGCCACCAGAAUUAGUUUGUGACGUUUAUGCACCUGGAGAGACUGCUGAAGAAUUAAAUUCGAAAAUAAAAUUAAGAGCCAGUUUACCAGCAUUGAAUGAAAUAUCAAAUAUAUAUGAUUUUGAGUAUUUAGCUUCUAAAAUUUUAUCGAAACAAGCAUGGGCAUAUUAUUCUUCUGGAUCAGAUGACGAAAUAUCUUUAAGAGAAAAUCAUAAUGCGUAUCAUAGAAUAUUCUUUAAUCCAAGAGUAUUAGUUGACGUAUCUGAAAUAGAUACUUCAACUACAAUAUUUGGUAAAAAGCAAGACGUACCAUUUUAUGCUUCAGCUACUGCACUUUGUAAAUUAGGGAAUCCGUUGGAAGGCGAAAAAGAUAUAACAAGAGGAUGCGGACAAGGGCCAACAAAGAUUCCUCAAAUGGUAUCGACUUUAGCUUCUUGCUCUCCUAGUGAAAUUUCAUCUUCAAAAAUAGAUAAUAAUCAAAGUUUAUGGUUUCAACUGUAUCUCAAUCAUGAUAGAAAUCUAACAAAUUUAUUAGUCAAAGAAGUUGAAAAAUUGGGGUAUACUGCUAUAUUUGUAACAGUUGAUGCUCCAACAUUUGGUAAAAGAGAAAAAGAUGCCAAAUUAAAAUUUUUGAAGGAUCAAGAAGGUUCAGCAAAAAUAAUGAAAGAUAAACCCUCUUCUGAUGAAGAAGCUGGUGCAUCUAGGGCAUUAUCAAAAUUUAUAGAUCCUUCAGUAACGUGGAAUGAUAUAGCAGAGCUUAAAAAACUCACCACGCUUCCUAUUAUCAUUAAAGGAGUUCAAAGGAAGGAAGAUAUUUUGAAAGCAGCAGAAAUUGGCUGUCAAGGAGUAGUCAUUUCUAACCAUGGUGGAAGGCAAUUAGAUUUUGCUAAAGCACCGAUCGAAGUUUUAGCUGAGUCCAUGGAUAUAUUAAAAGAAAGAAAGUUGGAUAAAACGUUUAAUGUGUUUAUUGAUGGUGGAAUUCGCCGUGGAACAGAUAUAUUGAAAGCAUUAUGCCUAGGAGCAAAGGGAAUUGGUUUAGGGAGACCUUUCUUAUAUGCAAACUCUUGUUAUGGAAAAGAUGGUGUACAAAAGACGAUUGAUAUACUUAAAUAUGAAUUAGAAAUGUCAAUGCGACUUUUGGGAGUAACAUCAAUUGAUGAAUUGGAUGAAAGUUUCUUGGAUCUUUCUUCAAUCAAAAAUAGAACAGUGCUAGUACCAAAAGAUACAUUAUCUGAAAUGGUAUACAAUCCAUCAAAACUGAUAGAGAUAUUACCAAAAGAAUAA